GGCCUAGGCAAUGUGACUGAUAUAUGUGGCCUAGGAAGAGGUCUAAGUGCACACAUAGCGCCGCAGCCCCUUCAUACAGUUGAUUGGCAGAGGUCUCCGGAGUCGGACCCCCACUGAUCAGAUGAGCUGAUUUAUACAUGAAAGAUGUGGAUCUGUGUCAUGAAAUGCUCCCCUUUACAUCGAAUGCGACGCAUAGGUCUGGUCAGGCUCAGCUCUCACCUCCACGUGUCCGAAUAUGUCCCAUCUUGCCCAUCUGCAGAUCCAAAUGACGUGCAGAAGCUCCAAGACUUUAUUCUUCGCUCUCGGCGACUGUUUGUCAUGACAGGAGCUGGGAUCUCUACGGAAUCGGGAAUUCCCGAUUAUCGCUCGGAGGGUGUAGGGCUGUAUGCCAGGACUGAACGGAGGCCUAUCCAGCACGCAGAGUUUGUCAGGAGUCACGCUGCACGCAAACGGUACUGGGCUCGCAACUUUGUAGGGUGGCCACAAUUCUCUUCCCAUAAGCCCAAUCCAUCACACCUGGCCCUGGCUAGCUGGGAGAAUACUGGGAAACUGCACUGGUUAGUAACACAAAACGUAGAUGCUCUACAUGCCAAGGCCGGACAGCGUCGUAUGAACGAGUUACAUGGCUGUACUCAUAGGGUGAUCUGCCUUGGCUGUCAUACAGUAAUUAAGAGAUCUGAAGUUCAAGAAAAGUUUAUCGCUCUAAAUCCAUCUUGGAACGAGCAAGCAUAUGGAGUGGCACCGGAUGGCGACGUCUUCCUCACAGAUGAACAAGUGUCGUACUUCCGUGUGCCUUCUUGUGAGAAAUGCGGAGGUAUUCUUAAACCACAGGUGACUUUCUUUGGUGACACGGUAAACCGAGAAUUGGUGUACUCUCUUUAUGAGCGCUUAGGUGAAUCGGAUGCAGUGCUCAUUGUUGGAUCCUCACUUCAGGUUUAUUCUGGAUAUCGGUUUGCACUGAAAGCCCAAGAGAAGAACAUUCCUGUUGCUUUACUUAACAUUGGAGCCACAAGAGCCGAUCACCUUUCAGCGGUUAAAGUUAAUGCUCGCUGCGGAGAUGUGUUACCCAAGAUAAUGGCAGUGGAUCAGGAGCAGCAAGAAAUUGGGGGCUAAAUAUUUUCAUGUGAACUUAAAGUGAAACCACCUUUUACCAUCCUGUCUUUUUUCAUUUUUAGGUCCGAAAUGUAAAAGGUGACAUGGUGGCUGCUUAUAUGAACCAGUUAGGGGUGCUUAGGAGCUUAUUACAUUGCUCCCUCUAAAUUCAUGUCUGUGCAGGGUGAUUUGGAGCACUGUAUACCAUAAAAAAGUGGCUCUUGCCAGUCAAAAUAUAUAUUAAGAAAUUCAUCGGCACAGUAUUUUGAACCAGUUUAGAGUGAGAAAAACAAACGGUGGACCUUUACUUUAAAGGGGUCUUCCACUCCUUUACAAGUGAUGGUCUAUCAGGAUAGGACAUGAACAUCUGAUCGACUUCCAGAGCCACUGCAAACCGGCUGAUGGCGAGGAGGGGCAGUUUGUCAUACCCAUCCCAAUACAAUAUUGAUGGUGUACUCCUGCGCCUGUAUUACAAUAGUAAAUCCUGACCCGACUGUGAGUCAGGUAAAACUUUCCUAAAGGUGCUUUCAUACUUCCAGUUUCACUGUUUUUGGAGUGGAUU